AUGGAUUUUGUGAAGAACUCUAUCAGAUGUUUGUUUAUGGGCAUAAAACGUGGGAGGCGAAAAAUCUUGGUUUAUGUCCUAAUUAUCGUCACUAUAUGGCACUUCUAUCUCGCCUGCACUGGACUUAUCUUCGGCAAUGACAUCCAACUUAUGCGAAAACCAGAAAUCGUACGUGCUAAUUCAAGAUUCUCUAGAUUAAGAGGAAGAAUAUUUGGAAAUGGCCCCAAAAAUCGUCACGAGGAGCUAAUGGUUGUAAGUUUUGAGAACGGAAAACUUCAUGAACGUCAAAACUACGCAUAUAAAUCUGUGGAAUUAUAUUCUGAAAUUCUUAAACAAAGAGAUACAGAAAGAUAUAGUGACGACAGAGAACGUUUUUCAGAUUCAAAUUCCCAGAAAAAUAACACCUAUACAACAGACAGGAAGAGCUCGUGCAAGGAGUUAAAUCUACCGAACACAGACAAGAUUCCUUACGGGACCUGUCAGCCUCAUCAAGCCUCUAUGGAUGCAUGUGAAUUUGCAGAUUCCUUGUUCCGUUAUGAGCCUUCCUUGUCUCUCUGUAAGACAAACAACGCUGAGAUUUGUACACUGGAAUCUGAUACUCAUAAUGGAAGGAAAAUACUUAAAGCCAAGUGCAGUAGCCGAGUUUGUGAAGAGGUCGUAAACAAAAGCGAGAAAAACUCUUUGACUUACGGUGCGUACACUAUAGAUCCCAAUGAAGGUCUUCUGGAAUUGCUUAGGGAAUUUGAAACUGUCUCAGAGCUGGAGAUUCAACUUCCCCGCAUUGCCUAUUUGACUGCUAGAAAGAAAUUCAACUUUUUAUUCGUAAAAUGCUUCAUGAUGUCGAGCAACAAGAGUCUGGUGUCGCAACUCAUUACAGUUCCCCCGCAGGCGACUAUACAAGAGGCCUUUGAACCGCGACAAAGAAAUAGCAUCAACAUAAAUAUUGUUCUGUUAGAUUCCGUCUCUAGAUCACAUUUUUAUCGUUCUCUCCCCAAAACAAUUGAGAUAUUCAGGAAAUUGGCGGGAAGACGAGACAACCCCCAAGCAAGGGUGUUUGAUUUCGAGUUAUUUCAAGCUGUUCAUGGCCACACCACGCAAAAUGAACACGCGCUGUUCACGGGCCAGCUGCUUCCAUCAAAAGAACAGGACGAACAAGAGCCUUCCGACCCAGUGCGCGCGGAUGUGAUGUUUGGACACUUCAAAAGGGCUGGGUAUCAGACCUUGUGGCAAGAAGACCUCUGCUGGUGGGGAAUGUGGGGAUUAAUGGCCGACUUGGUCGCGGAAGACUGGGAGGACCUACAGAUUAAACUGAGUGAAAACUUUAUCGACAGCACAGGUAAACAUCACUAAAAAAAUUAUAAUUAUUAUAAAACAGCUCUGGAUAAGACAAUUGUUGUGGAACAGAACUAAAGUUUUGGGUUCCUUUCUUUGUUUUGUCUACUUUUGCCACAGUCGUCGUAGCUUUAUGAGCUGAACUGUAAGUUUUUUAACUGGGGAUGGACUCAAGGGUUAACUGAUAAAGGGGAAGGACAGGGGGGGUGGGGGGGAGGAGAGAUGACAAAGCGUGCGUAUGCGUGUGUGUGUGUGUGACACAGUAUGUGCUUUCUUAGCCCUCUAUCUACACCAGAGUAUCAAUGAAGUUUCAUUCAAAUGAGAGAGUUUCCCUACUACUUUCAGGUUUGACGCACUCCAGUUGUGAGGUGUUAGGCUCUUUUGGUCUGGAAACACCAUUCAAUGGACCCGAAGGGGAUCAGAUCUGCUUCAACGGCAAGCUACAACACAGCUAUUUUCUCCAAUAUUUAAUAGACAUAUCGAAUACCAUAGCGUCAUCAAGGAAAUCCCGUCCGCUGUUCUCGUACACUGCUCUGAAUGUUGGACAUGAUGAAACAGGACGCAGGAUUCAAUCUUUGGAUUCUGACCUGGCUCGCUUUGUUUCUGUCAUGGCAAACACUCAAAAUACCCUUACAAUUGUGUUAGCAGAUCAUGGAAAUACCUACACACAGUACACGUCUGAUGUCCUGGAAGGACGCUUUGAAAUGUUCCAUCCAAGCUUGUUUAUGAUUGUACCAAACAAAGUUGCUAGACUUCUGGGACCAAGCGCCAUGGCUGCGCUUGAAGUCAAUCAACGAAGACUGGUGACCAUGUUCAGCUUACACCAUUCCCUUCUGCUGCUAGCUCGGCCGCUGAAGAGAUUGGUAAAACCUAUUGGGUUAUUUACUGCCAUAUCACCCAAUCUAACAUGCAACGAUAUCGAACUGAGGACACCCAAUUUAUGUGUAUGCAAUGGUUGGGACAGCCCCACCACCAACGACUCCUCAAGGAUUUCUCUUGUGGAGUUCGCCGUCGGUGAACUUAAUAACAUGUUACAAGCUGAAUUCACUGAACCUACAAAUGGAAAGGUACAAACGUAUUCCAUGUUACGCUCUUGUGAGAGACUACGUCCUGUGAGGUUUCAAAACGUGCGGGAACGCAACUCAAAAUUAGACGGAGGACUGAUCACGAGUUUUGACAUUUACUUACGGUCUGGUGACGUUGUUAAACGUAGAGAAGAUAUAUUCCACGUGGAAGUGAAGCACAAGGAAAUGGCCGAUCAGUACUCAAUGCAGAUGGAGCUUAUUAAUUAUGAUCGAUUAACCCUAUUUGGAAAGUACCGAGCAUGCGCAGAUAAAGGGGUUCAUCUAAAACUUUGCAUUUGUUCCCAAAGACGGAAGGAAAAGUUGACAGAACUAGAGAGUGUUCCUUGGUUAGAAUACUCUACAAUUUUAUUAAGUUCCCCAAAAACCAGGAAAGUUGGUGACAACGAUUGUUUGGUCCUGUUAAAGAGAAACCAUAGCCUGGGGCAAAGUGUGGCUUUUGAAAUUGCCAACAUUUGUAAUACAGAUAUAUUUGACUUGAGGAUAUCGGCGAACUUUGAAAAUAUGAAGCUCUCCAGACAAGUUCCAUUUGAAGUAAAAGUUCUGCCUGGAAGCAUUAAAUUCUUGUUAUCGGCCCGGAUAGCGGUUGAUUUCUGGAGCACAUUCAUAGAAGUUGACGUGGAUAUAAAUAACAAAGGAGAAAGUUAUCCAUGAUCGUGAAUGCUGGUUUUGGAAUUUUCUCCCAGAUAAGUUCCUUAAACGAUUUGGAUGAACUGCGAGUGCUAGUAUCGCUCUAUGCUCGAGUAUCACGGGAAUGGCAUUACAAUGCGGCCAUUUUAAUUCCCCAAGAAUAAAGAAUUUCGUCACCCGUCCAAAUUCACGUGGUUAGACAGACAGGAACAGUGUUCUAUUAAAAACAGUAUCUGAUUAGCCAAGUGAGUGGUUCGAGACAUCUGAAUCAGUCACAGAGCUUAUUGAAGCAAAGCCAAGACAAGCAAUGAACAGUCACGACACUCAGUCCAAACUCGCAAACUCGACAACUGCGUUACGGGCCUACACGUGUUGGAAUUUUCCAAAACCUUUCACACAAAUUGCCUUUGUUCAGAAUGGAUCUCAGGACACGUUCAGUUAACGUCUGUUUGACUUUGCAGCAUUCGUAGUAUUCCCUACGGUCUUAUUUUAGGACUUACUAUUUCAAAAGUAAUUUUAAUAAAUCACUAACGUACGGUAUUACAUGCGGGGUAAGUGGUUCCUUUAGGAAAUUAUGUAUGGGUAGGUUGGAGAUCUCUGAAUAUUUAAAAUGUGAAGAAAAAUUGACCAAGAUUUUCUAUUUAUGAGACAAAAUCGUGCCUUUGCAUUAAAGGUAAACAUUCAUUCAUCGUUGAGUACCCCUAUUAAGUUCAAAGCUCGUAAUAAAAUUGAC